AUGGCCUCAUUUCCAUCCUUGCUACCAUCCUCGUUUUCGUCUACACCCCUGUACAUGUAUUUGUUGUACGGCUCCCUGUCCCUACUAGCUAUAGCGGUCUAUAAGGCGCAUUCGAUUGGAAAACGCGAUCCUCGCAUGCCGCCAGGACCUCCCACGGUCCCGCUACUUGGAAAUGCGCUCCAGAUACCCAAGACAGGGCUCGGCAAAAAAUUUCGCAGCUGGGCUGACCAGUAUGGGUCGGUCUUCUCGCUCACCAUUGGACCCCGGAAUAUCGUCGUGGUGUGCGAUCGCAAAGCCGCGAAUGCCAUGCUGGACAAGAAGGGCAGCAAAUAUUCCGACCGUCCCUUUACCUACGUGACCGACUACAUUACCCAUGGAGACCGGCUGACGAUGGAGAACGCGACGCCGGCGUGGAGAGAGAGGCGUGCCAUUGUCUCGCGAAAUCUCAGCCCGAAAGUUCUGGAUGAAAAGCAUUUUGUAAUCCAGGAAGCCGAAGCUGUGCUUUUCAUGAACAACGUGCUGCGGCGUCCGGAGCGCAUGUUUGAUUUAGCAAGACUUUACACGGCUUCGGUUGCUAGUACCCUGAUAUGGGGCCAACGAACAAAAGACCUUGAUUCUUUCUGGUAUAAGGAGUUCUAUGAACUUAUGGAUUUGUGGGUGACAAUUGAGGAGGCAGGAGCGAAUCCCCCAAUGGACGAAUUUCCUAUUUUGAAAUGGAUCCCGGGGGCCGCUUGGAAGAAGCGAGCCGACAAAUGCAGUGAGAUGCAAAACACCAUGUGGACCACAGCAAGAGCCAUCAUCGAUAAGAGAAGAGCGCGUGGUGAUAAGAGAGAUUGCUUUAUUGAUACGAAACUGGAUGAGUAUGAGGCUAAGGGAUUCCCCAUGUCCCAGCACGCUUUCAAUAACCUGUUUGGAGUCCUCUUGGAAGCCGGAGCCGACACAACUGCCAAUCAGAUCUUGACCAUCAUCUUAGCCCUUGCGAAAAACCCAGAGAUACAAAAGCGGGCACGGAAGGAAAUCGAUGCCGUGUGCGGUACCGAUAGAGCCCCACUAUUCUCGGAUUUUAAAGAGCUGCCAUACGUUAAUUGCAUCGUAAAGGAAGGCAUGAGAUGGCGACCAACUGCUUCUGCAGGCCUACCUCAUCUGUGCACCCAAGAUGAUGAAUACGAGGGUAUGCUGAUUCCUAAGGGUACAACUGUUUUCCUCGGCGCGUGGGCCAUCCACCAUGACGAAGAACUAUAUCCCAAUCCCGAAGAGUUCAACCCGGAUCGCUUCUUAAACCACCCUAAACUUGCUCACGAAUAUUCUGUCGGUGACUUUGAAAAACGAGAUGAGUACCCCACCUUCAAAAUCUUCCCUGACUCUAAGCUAACAAAACGGAAUAUGUGGCGUAUUGCCGCCAAGCUUUUGUGGGCAUUCGAUAUCUCGGAGCCUAUUGAUCCUAAGACAGGGAAAGUGACUUCUUUGGAUGUGAACGCCUACAAUUCCGCAGUCUUGUUAUGUCCACUGCCUUUCAACGUCGACGUGGUGCCAAGGAGCAAAGCGCAUCUUGCCUGCAUUGAGCGAGAAUUAGAAAGUGCUGAGACUUAUAUGGCACAGUGGGAGUGA